CUAGAUAUCAUUCUUAUUCUUUUGCUCUCUUAUCAAGAGCAAAGUUAAAAGCCCAGGGAUUAUCAUCUCCCAAGGUCCUCUCUACGUGUUCAGCAACCUGGACACUCCCUCUACUGAAAAUUAAGGAGGAAAUGGCAAUUUCCGCACAGCAGAAUGAGAAGUGAGGAUCGUGAUCAGGGAUCAGUACUUGGUCCAGGAGAGUGGUUGAGUUUAGGCCUGGGAGAAGGUGGCCACCAAAAUGCUCACAAGAGGGAAAGAGGUGCAGUAAGAAAACUCAACUCUCGGAGGAUGAUGACAAUGCUGUCUAUGCCAUUCCAUAAUCCUAUGUUCAGGUCUUUGGGCGUUAUGCCUCAUUCAGUUCAGCAUAAACCAAGCGAGGAUGGAAGUAUAACCGCGGCAAGGUUUAGCAAGGCUAAUACAAGGUUCUCUAUGUCAGCGCUGCCUGAUCCAAUGGACAAGGCAGCAGCAGACUCAAUGUGGCCAGGAAGUUUUUGGUUCAAUCCACAACAAUCAGAAGAGCAGUCAUCAAAUGAUUCAAAUCCAUAUAAGCUUGACCUAAAUCUGAAGCUGUAACUAUUCUCUUCAUCUGUCUCAUAUUGAAGUCUACUUUCUUUCUACUGCAGUCCACGGAACUUCAAGUUGAAAUUCCCAGUUAUGUUCACUAACAUUUAAGAGCUUUGGGGUUUCCUUUAGAGCAAACAUCUUAGAAUGUCAAGGACAACUUUAAAUGUUUUGAGCUUUUGUACAACUUUAAAUGUUUUAAGCUUUUGUAUCAAUCUUGUACUAGGUAAAGCCUAAAUGCAGUGUCUAUUUUAAGUUGUUUCUAUUGCUGAUAA